CGCGCCAAAUUAAACAGAUAAUUGCUAGUUUUUGUUUAGAAAGUAUUUCUACAGAAAAAAAUGUCUGGAUUUGACGAUGCUGGUAUAUUUUACAGUGAUAAUUUUGGUUCAGAAGAUCAACAUGAUGAUCAUCACAUUAAUAGAGUACAGGCCAAAAAACGAUUUAAAGACUUUAUACGGCAGUUCCACGAAGGAAACUUUUCUUACAUAUAUCGAGACCAGCUAAAAAGACACUACAACCUUGGAUUGUACUGGCUAGAAGUGGAUCUUGAUGAUGUUACUAGUUUUGAUGAGAAUGUAGGUGAUCGUCUGGUCAAGCAGCCAACAGAACAUUUGCCACUUUUUGAAGAUGCAGCAAAAGAAGUUGCUGAUGAAAUUACUCGACCCCGACCUGAAGGUGAAGAAGAUAUCAAGGACAUUCAGGUUAUGUUGACUUCCAAGGCCACUCCAUGUGGAGUCCGUGACCUUAAGUCUGAGCAGAUGGCUAGACUGGUGAAGAUCCCAGGUAUUGUGAUCGCAGCGUCUGCUAUCAGGUCCAAGGCGACAAAACUUGCCCUGCAGUGUCGAGGUUGCAGCAACAUACUCAGCAACAUUUCCAUUAAUCCAGGACUCGAGGGAUACGCUCUUCCUCGAAAAUGCAGCACUGAGCAGGCAGGAAGGCCGAAAUGUCCAAUUGACCCAUUCUUCAUUAUUCCUGACAAGUGUCGGUGUGUUGACUUUCAAGUUUUAAAACUGCAAGAAGCCCCAGAAUCUGUACCACAUGGCGAACUUCCUCGACACAUUCAACUCUACUGUGAUAGAUAUUUGUGUGAUAGAAUUGUUCCAGGAAACAGAGUCACUGUCAUGGGUAUUUACUCAAUUAAGAAAGGCGCUAAGCCCACAAAGAAGUCGAGAGACCGAGUCAAUGUGGGUAUUCGAGCACCAUAUUUCCGUGUUGUUGGGAUUGAGAUGGACAGUCACGGUGCUGGGCGAACGUCUGCGGCCCCGCUGACUCCCGUAGAGGAAGAAGAUUUAAUAAGACUGGCCAAGACUCCUAACCUUUAUGACACCAUCGCCAAAAGCAUAGCUCCAUCAAUUUUUGGCAGUAUCGACAUUAAGAAGGCAAUUGCCUGCUUGCUGAUUGGCGGAUCCAGAAAAAGACUUCCAGAUGGUUUGACUCGAAGAGGUGACAUUAAUUUGUUGCUGCUGGGAGAUCCAGGAACUGCCAAAAGUCAGCUGCUUAAAUUUGUAGAAAUGUGUUCACCUAUUGCUGUGUACACGUCUGGUAAAGGCAGCAGUGCUGCAGGGUUGACGGCCUCCGUGAUGAAGGACCCACAGACUAAAAAUUUCAUAAUGGAGGGUGGAGCCAUGGUUCUUGCUGAUGGAGGUGUCGUCUGCAUCGAUGAGUUUGACAAAAUGAGAGAAGAUGACCGAGUGGCCAUUCAUGAGGCCAUGGAGCAGCAGACAAUAUCUAUAGCCAAGGCUGGAAUAACAACCACGUUGAAUUCACGGUGUUCAGUCCUGGCUGCUGCCAAUAGUGUGUUUGGGCGCUGGGAUGACUCGAAGGGGGAAGAAAACAUUGACUUUAUGCCUACCAUCUUAUCGAGAUUUGACAUGAUCUUCAUUAUUAAGGACGAACAUGAUGAACAAAGAGAUAUUACUCUUGCUAAACAUGUGAUGAACAUUCACCUCAAUUCAUUACAAACCACAGACGUGCUGCAAGAAGGUGAAAUUACCUUGGACACCUUAAAAAAGUUUAUUGCUUUUGUUCGAGGGAGAUGUGGCCCGCGUCUGUCUGAAGAGGCUGCUGACAAACUGAAAAAUCGCUACGUCUUGAUGAGAAAUGGGGCUCAUGAAUAUGAAAAAGAAACAGGAAAGAAAAUUUCCAUACCCAUAACAGUGAGGCAGCUGGAAGCUGUCAUUAGGAUUGCUGAAUCUCUUGCCAAGAUGAGAUUGGAGCCUUUUGCAACAGAUAUUGAUGUGGAUGAGGCACUGCGUUUGUUCCAGGUAUCCACCCUGGAUGCUGCUAUGACCGGCAGUCUGGCUGGUGCUGAGGGAUUUACUACAGAAGAAGAUCGUGAACUGUUGAAUCGCAUUGAAAAACAAAUGAAGCGAAGAUUUGUUAUUGGAUCUCAAGUUUCGGAGCAUGCCAUUAUCCAGGACUUUUUGAAACAGAAAUACCCAGAAAGAGCCGUGUAUAAAGUGGUGCAUUUGAUGUUGAGGAGGGGAGAGAUCCAGCACAGGAUGCAGAGGAAAAUGCUGUAUCGUGUAAAAUAAUUUCAAAAUAAAAAAAACAAUAAAGGAAAUACUAGUAGGAUUCCAUAUGGAGAAUUGUUCCAAGCAUUUUGAAAUUAUUGUUGAUUGGAUUUUUUAGUAACUACAAAAGUUUUGUAAAAUAAUUCAGAUUACCAUUUAAUAGUCUUUUUUUUGUAUUGGAAAACUAUUGUAUUGCUGUAUUUUAUUGUAUUGUAUUGUAUUGUAUUGCAUUGUUUUAAAAAGAAAAAGUCAGGUUUUUACUGAGGGUGGAGACUUCUGACCCUGAAAAUUAAAAUAAUUAGCAUUAGUUGCAUUUUAAACAUUUCUUGCACACAUGUAUAAAUGUCCACAAAUGUAACUGAAGUGCCCUCCUUUUCUUUAAAAAUAGCCUUUUUGUGAAAGCUGAAAAACAGUGUUGGAUAUGUAUUGAGUACUUAAUUCACAUACUGAAUUUUCAUUUUUAGUGAAAAUUGUUUUUGUGAAAGCAAUUUGGACAUGAAUUAUUUUUUGUAUACAUAGCUUGAUCUGGUAUUCAGGCCUGUUCUUGAAGAUACACUUAACAUAUUUUUGUUUGGCUCUAUAUAUUUUUAUACUGAGGUAUUAAAACAUUUCUUCUUUCAUUGGUACUUAAAAGUGAUAUAACAGAUUGCCUAUAUAAUCACAGUAAGUUCACAUGGUCCACUUGUUUGGACAGAUUUCAUCUUAGUCUUAGAUACCAUAAAAGAGUAUAGUUUUACUACUAGUUAAAUGUAUCAAGCAUUUGGCCGAGUGAUGUUCAGAAGGUCCUAAUGUGAGAUAAUAGAAGGCGAUGGUACCAUUUGGGAUGUUCGUCAGAGCCUGGCCUCCUCAACAUGCCACUGCUUUGUGCUUGAAUCUCGGAGUAAAUGACAGCUGCCAGCCAACAAAAGUAGAUCGCAGCUAUCCAGUUAGGACAAAAGAUGUUUAAUUUUAUAUGUAUCUGUACCUGUAAAUAUGCAAAUUCAGCAUCUUAACAAAGAAAAAACCAAAAAAUGUUAAUGUCAUUGUGUUGCAGUUAAUAAAGAUGUACAUGAA